CUCGUUCUCCUGCCCCCAUUUCCGUUUUCUAUUACGAGCGGAAAAGCUCCAUUCAACUUCUCCACCUCGCAUCAACUUUAACUCGAUUCUUGCAGGAAGCAGACAGAUAAAAAGGAAUCUCCGCCGUACUUCUCCGAUCCCGUGGCGCUGUUCAUGGCGAUCAAGGAUGCCGCCGGCGAGGAAGAGCCCCUCCUCCGCGCCGCCUCUAAGUCUUUCUCGCAGCUCGCACUAGUCGGCUCCAGUGUUUCCCCCAUCGAAAGCCUAGACUACGAGAUUGUGGAGAACGAGCUUCUAAAUCAUGAUUGGAGAGUGCGAGGUGGGCGGGCCGAGUUGUUCCAAUACGUGAUUCUCAAAUGGACCCUUUGCUUCCUCGUCGGCGUAUUAUCCGGUUGCGUCGGUUUCUUCAACAAUCUUGCCAUCGAGAACAUCGCUGGAAUCAAGUUCGUCGUCACCUCCAACCUGAUGCUUGCAAACAAGUAUUUUUGGGCCUUUGGGGUUUUUGCUUCAGCUAAUUUCGUGCUGACGAUGUUUGCGGCGGUCAUCACUGCUUACUUCGCUCCAGCGGCGGCCGGAUCUGGAAUACCGGAAGUGAAGUCUUAUUUGAAUGGCAUUGAUGCGCCUGAGAUAUUCUCUUUCAGAACUCUUGUCGUCAAGAUUGUUGGUAGCAUCAAUGCUGUAUCAGCCUCACUCCAUGUGGGUAGAGCCGGCCCAAUGCUGCACACAACAGCAUGCAUUGCUUCUUUGUUGGGCCAAGGGGGCUCGCAAAAAUACGGUUUAACUUGCCGGUGGCUUAGAUACUUCAAGAACGAUAGAGACAGGAGAGAUAUAGUGACAUGUGGAGCUGGAGCCGGGAUCGCCGCUGCCUUUCGUGCCCCAAUUGGCGGAGUAAUCUUUGUUCUUGAAUCAGUAACAACAUGGUGGAGGUCUACACUUCUUUGGAGGGCAUUUUUCACAACAGCUGUUGUUGCCGUUGUGCUAAGGGCUUUUGUAGAUCUCUGCAAAAGUGGAAAGUGUGGCUUAUUUGGAAAGGGAGGACUUAUAAUGUUCGAUGUAACUGCAGAUAACGUCGUCUACCAUUUAUCAGACUUACCUCCUGUGAUUGUUCUCGGAGUUGUAGGCGGCGUACUUGGAAGUUUUUACAAUUUUCUCUUACACAAGGUUCUUCGAAUUUACACAGUCGUCAACGAGAAAGGCCGAGCGUAUAAGUUGCUCCUUGCGGCAUGUGUCUCCAUUUUUACAUCUUGUUGUCUGUUUGGAAUUCCAUGGCUGGCAUCCUGUGCACCAUGCCCGGGCGGCAUAUCCGAAGCUUGCCCGUCCAUAGGAAGAUCGGGCAACUUCAAAAAGUUUCAGUGCGCUCCCGAUCACUACAACGAUCUCGCUAGCUUAUUCUUCAACACCAACGACGACGCUAUACGCAAUCUCUACAGUGCGGGCACAGACAGGGCCUUCAACAAGUUUUCCAUCAUUCUGUUCUUCGUUACUUCCUAUUUCCUCGGAAUCUUCAGCUAUGGCGUCGUGGUUCCUUCUGGUCUUUUCAUUCCCGUCAUCUUAACCGGCGCAACUUACGGCCGUCUAAUCGGAAUGAUGAUGGGCUCUAAAUCUUCGCUAGAUGAUGGCCUCUUUGCAGUGCUCGGCUCUGCUUCAUUGCUCGGCGGAUCGAUGAGGAUGACUGUAUCCGUAUGCGUCAUCCUCCUCGAACUGACGAACAAUCUCCUUCUGCUUCCUCUGGUGAUGUUAGUCGUCCUCAUAUCGAAAACCGUGGCCGACUGUUUCAAUAGUAACAUCUACGACACCCUCGUCAAGCUAAAAGGCUUCCCUUUUCUUCAAGGAUAUGCAGAGCCAUACAUGAGACAGCUUACUGUUGGAGAUGUGGUCACAGGUCCCUUGUUUGUCCUUAAUGGCGUCGAAAAGGUCGGUAAUGUGGUUCAUAUCUUGAAGACGACUGGUCACAAUGGGUUUCCUGUGAUAGAUGAACCGCCAUCUUCAGAGAUUCCUGUGCUCUAUGGCCUGAUUCUUCGUUCUCACCUUCUGGUUCUGCUGAAAAAAAAGUGUUUUUUGCGGUCGCAGUUUUCUGUUGAAGCUAAGCAUGAAUCGAAGCAGUUAAAAGCUGAGGAUUUUGCCAAACGUGGCUCGGUUAAGCGUGAAACUAUAAACGAUAUUUUAUUUACAGCUGAAGAGAUGGAAAUGUUCAUCGAUUUGCAUCCAUUUACGAAUACUUCACCGUAUACUGUUGUGGAAACCAUGUCCCUUGCGAAAGCUCAUAUUCUCUUCCGUGAAGUUGGUCUCAGACACCUUCUGGUUAUUCCAAAGUUGCCUUCUAGAGCACCUGUGGUGGGAAUAUUGACAAGGCAUGAUUUCAUGUUUGACAAUGUAAUUGGAUUGCAUCCAUCUCUUGUUGCUGGAAAGGAUAAGCUUUUUCAUUUCAGGAAAUCUGCUGUGAUUAAAAUGUUUAGGGGACUCCAGUGUUGAUUAAUUUUGAUUCAAGUU